AUGUCAAAUAAAAUCGUAUUAGAAUCCAUUUCAUACCUUGACUGUCAAGAGAAUAUCGGUGCUGAUAAUAAAGUAAAAAGUAGCAAGAUCUCUGCCAAGGAUUUAAAGGCAUCCCAUCGCAAGACCACCUCUGCACUAGUUAGAAACGCUGAUGCUUUGUUUGGUGAUAUUACCAACUCACCUCCAUCAACUCCAAAGAACAACACCAAGUCUGCCAUCAACAACCCAUCCACCCCUUCUACUACCCCACUCUUUACUUCCACCCCUUUAAAGAGCAAAGUUGUCAACAAUGACAAUGCACCGAUCCAUAGCAGUUUAUUAGACGGAACUAGUUUGGUAAGUCAAAUUUAA